CAUAACAUGCUGCAGCAGUUGGAGAGAGAGGAGAGAGAGAGUUGAGAAAGAGAGUUGAGAGAGAGAGAGAGAGAAAGAGAGAGCUACGCGACCGUGUGAGUCAGUGUGGAGACGUUUGUACAGUUAAAAUAGAAAUUGCACAACGCGGAUUAAAGUAACAGCCAUGUUUAUACUUUCCGUAUUCUGCAGGGCUUUGUAAAGCGAAUUCACUCGGCGAAUUCAGGUGUGUGCUGCUCACGGGGGCUCGUCACUGUUGCAGAGUUCCGAAGGCCUUGGGCCCUCAUCGAAGACUGAGAGCCAGAGGGCCUGGCAUGCCAACAUGGACGGGCACAACAGCCACCUGCAGCACAACUUUGAGGAUCAGAACAAGCUGUACAAGCCCCCAGGACAGGAAGAUCAGAGGAACAUGCCAGCCUAUCAGUACUGCUGCUCGCUGGCGAACUUCCACAUAGAGAAGAAGAUUGGGCGGGGCCAGUUCAGUGAGGUGUACAAAGCCACCUACCUACUGGAGGGCAAACAGGUGGCACUGAAGAAGGUCCAGAUCUUUGAGAUGAUGGACGCUAAGGCACGACAGGACUGUAUCAAAGAAAUAGACCUUCUGAAGCAGCUGAAUCACCCGAACGUGAUAAAGUACAUGGACUCCUUCAUCGAGGACAACGAGCUCAACAUCAUACUGGAACUGGCUGAUGCCGGCGACCUGUCUCAGAUGAUCAAGUAUUUUAAGAAGAAGCGGCGGCUCAUCCCGGAGAGGACCAUAUGGAAGUACUUUGUACAGCUCUGCAGUGCCCUGGAGCACAUGCACUCCCGCAGAGUCAUGCACAGAGACAUUAAGCCAGCCAAUGUGUUCAUCACGGCCACUGGGGAGGUGAAGCUGGGAGACCUGGGGCUGGGCCGCUUCUUCAGCUCCAAAACCACUGCAGCGCACUCACUGGUGGGAACACCCUACUACAUGUCUCCAGAGAGGAUCCACGAAGGUGGCUACAAUUUCAAAUCAGACAUCUGGUCCCUGGGGUGCCUGCUGUAUGAGAUGGCCGCUCUGCAGAGCCCAUUCUACGGGGAUAAAAUGAACCUGCUGUCUCUGUGCCAUAAGAUUGAGCAGUGUGACUACCCUCCUCUGCCCCCUGAACACUACUCUGAGAAGCUGAGGGAGCUGGUGGGCAUGUGCAUCAACCCCGACCCCGACCAGCGGCCCGACAUCGUCUUCGUCCUGCAGUUCGCCCGGCAGAUGCAGCUGUGGACCUCCAGCACCUGAACCCGACUGAGGAGUCCAAUCACGUUCCGCUCUGGAGAACCUAACCGCAACCACGACCGCCCACAGACACGGUCCGCUCCUCUCCCGUGCUCCUGCCUGGACCCCGGUCCUUCGGUUCUGUUUCCGAGAUGGAAUUUGGAAUUUGGAAUGGAUGGAAUUUUCGAUGUUUCACGAACGUUAGAGAAAGGGCAGGUUCUGCCCGUUCGUUUUUAGUUUUAUUUGCUUUCUUUUUGGAAAAUCUUUUAACUUUUUUCAUUUUUUAAUGAGGGCCUACAUAUGGUGGGGAUUAAAAAAAAAACAAUAAAAGUUAAAAAAAUAAAAAUAAACCUGAUACAAA